CUCUGAGGCAGCACAGACAACCUCGCCUCGUUCCCUUGCAUACGCCCUGUUUCCCCCACCAUGUCGGUCCAGAAGCUCCGGUCCUCAACCCCCUUCGCGGUCAUUGUCGUCUGUGUCGCCGUCUUUACUGACAUCUUCCUCUAUGGGCUCGUGGUCCCCAUGCUGCCCUUUGCUCUUGCCGACCGCGUGGGACUGUCCGACGGCGACAUUCAGCGUUGGAAUUCCAUCCUGUUGGCUACCUAUGGGGCGGCCAUCAUGUUGGGCUCAUUGCUCUUUGGGUGGAUGGGCGACCAAACCCGCACCAAGCAACUGCCCUUUUUGCUGGGGGUCGGGGUCAUGGGAGGUGCUACUUUGCUCUUCUCUCUGACCACCUCGCUCCUUUUGAUCAUACUCGCUCGCGUUUUGCAGGGCUGCUCCACCGCGAUCGUCUUUACGAUCGGAUUCAGUCUGCUGCUGGACACCGUGGGUGACCGACACAUCGGGCGCGCCAUUGGCUUUACGAGCAUGAGCCUCAGCGUUGGCUUGUUCGCAGGGCCCAUUGUAGGCGGGUUCUUGUACGACCUGGCUGGUUACUUUGCCGUCUUUAUCCCGGCCUUUGUAUUGGUCGCCCUGGAAUUUCUUCUUCGAAUGCUCCUCAUCACACCACGACAUGACCCCGAGGUCAAGCAGCCCAUCACCGACGAGGAUCAACGUCCCCUGAUUCCAGGAACUGCAGGGCGACAGUCACCUCGAACCCCGGCUGUGUUCACCCUGAUGCGCACCCCGCGAUUCGCCGUGGCAAUGCUCGGCAUGUUCAUGCUGAACUCGUUCAUGACUGCCUACGAGGCCGUGCUGCCCGUCUAUCUGCCCGAGGUAUUCUUCUACCGGUCGACGCAAAUUGCCAUUGUCUUUCUGUCCAAUACAUUGCCUAUGAUCUGCUCCCCGGUCGGUGGAUCGUUAGUAGACCACUUAGGUCCAUUCUGGCCUGCAGUUCUGGGCUUCGGGCUUAUCACCCCGAGCAUGAUGCUGCUCUCGUUGAUCCGUGUGCCGGGGACGCUGCACUCGGUGCUGCUCCGGCUAUUCCUGUUUUUGUUCGGCUGUGGAGUCUCCGUCGCUAUGCCAGCCAUGAUGACCGAAAUCACCCUGGCCAAGGACGCCAUGGAGGAAGGGGAACCCGGAAUCUUUGGGGAUCGAGGGGCCUGUUCGCAGGCCUAUGGGUUGAGUAAUGCUGCGUUUGCAGGUGGGACUCUGGUAGGUCCUUUGUAUGCCGGAUACAUGCGGGAGGCAGCUGGGUGGACAGCCAUGAAUAUUUCCCUGGGGGUGUUCAGUGGAUUGAUGGUGGUUUUGAUCAUUAUGUUUACUCCUAGAAAGAGGCCGGGUGUUGUACGAAGGACUCGGGCUUAA